UAAACACAAAACACCUUCACUACACUUUUCAAACUUCAGCAAAAAAAAAAAAACAAACUUUCACAACAUUAACACAAACAACCUUCACUACAAAUUUUCAAACUUCACCAAAAAAACCAAACAAUACUGCAAAUGACAACAUCAGACGAAGGAUUAACAUUAGAACUCAUACGACAACAUCUCCUGGAAGAUUUCACAAGUACAGAAUCAUUCAUCAACAGUCUCAAUUCUUGUUUUUCCUAUCAUAUCUCAGUAAAAACAGAGCCUUCUACUUCAAAUUCACUCUCAGAUACUCCCAAUUCACCAAUUUCACUUUACUUCAAUGAUGAUUUCCCUGAAUUCAAAAUCGAUUCGGAUACUAUUCUCAGCCCAACAUCCGACAGCUCUGUAGGGUCCACGCCAAUUUCACCGACAAGAGUACUAAAGAAGAAUUACAGAGGAGUAAGGAGAAGGCCAUGGGGAAAAUUCGCAGCGGAGAUAAGAGAUCCAAGUAGAAAAGGGUCGAGAAUUUGGUUAGGUACUUUUGAUACCGAUAUGGAUGCUGCUAGAGCUUAUGAUUGUGCUGCGUUUAAGAUGAGAGGAAGAAAAGCUAUUCUGAAUUUCCCGUUGGAUGCUGGAAAAUUUGGUGCUCCAGCGAAUAUUGGCCGGAAAAGGAGAAGACAGAACAAAAUGGAGAUGGUGGAAAUGAUGAAUUUUGAACAAUGUUAAGGUUUUUUUUACUUAGGAGAAGAAAAUAUGUUAAUUACUCGGGGGUCAUAGGGGUCAUUUGGUAGCUGGUUAGAAGCUAAGUUGUAUAGCUAUUAAAUUUAACAUAAGUAAUAUCAUGUUUGGUAGCAUUUUCUUGUUA